AUGUCUGACGCUGUUGAAAAGAAAGUUGAAGAAACUGUCCAACCACAAGUUGAUGCUGUUGAAUCAAAAGCUCAAGAAGUAACUGAACAAGUUCAAGAAUCUUCAGAAACUGCUCAAAAAGAAGCUACUGAAACCGCUGAAGAAUCAAAAGAUAAAGUUACUGAAACCGCUGAUGAAGCUAAAGAAGAUGCUUCUAAAAAAGUUGAUGAAGUUAAAGAUGCCGCUAAAGAUGCUAAAGAUGAAUUAACUACUAAAGAAGGUGAAGCUCCAGCUGCUAAAAAAUCAAUUUUAAAAAGAUUUGUUGCUAAAUUGAAAUCAAUUGUUUCAAGUAUCAACUAG